AGGCCCGUCUUAGAAGUCGCCAGUUGAUGAUUCUUUCUGGAACUUCCUCAGCCGGCGAGUAUAUUGCUGUGUGAUAUUUGCCAUUAUAUCAGAGGACGUUUUAAUAGUAAUACACGAUUUAUUCUUUAAAGCAUGGCAAUAACAGCAGAUCACGUUCGCAACAAACUGACAACUGGCGUUGGAGCAGUGCAUGUGGAAGUGGAAGAUACAACUGCGAACAGAUGUGCUACCAGCUUCAAGGUACUAGUGGUGUCACCAGAGUUUGAGGGCAAAACACUUUUGCAGAGACAAAGGAUGGUGAACAGCUGCCUCUCUGAAGAGCUGAAGGACAUUCAUGCCUUUGAGCAGAAGACACUAACACCAGAGCAAUGGGAGAAGCACAAAGCCCAGUGAUCACCACACACGCAUGUCAAACCCAUCCAGUCUUAGGGAAAAGGAAUUGAAGCCCUCUAGAAACAACAAUUCCGUAUCUGCAAGAUAAACUCUGUUGGAAUUUAAACAUAUACACCUUAUGAUGUGGUAGUGUACUGUUGUUUUUUUUUUACAUAUAUCAAAUGUAAAGUAAAAAGAUUACAUUAA